UACUCUACUUAAAUUCUUAGUAUACUAAUACAUCGCUAAAUCAAUUUCGUCAAGGAGCUCUUGUAUCCGUUUCUGCGAGCAGGAGCAGCUUUUUGUUUUGUCGAUGCUUCUGGGAGAGAAAGGGAAAGUGGUUUUCUGAUUUGUUUUAAUCGGCGAGAUGAUGAAUGCGUCCGGGUUAACUCUAGCUCCCCCGAAAUUUCACUUUCGAUGGCGUUCACAUCGUUUCGCUACAUCUCAGAGAAUCUCUCAAGCUUCAUCUGUUCGUCGAGAUGCUGCAGCUUGUCCUCUUCUUCAAAGGGCUUGUUUAGCAAUUUCUACACAAAGAAGCAAUGCUUUGAUCGUCCGUGCCAUGAGUGCUUCCUUUGGUGAUAUGUCAGACGAUUCAUCUGCUGUUUUCCCUCGGAUCAAUGUCAAAGACCCAUACAAACGUCUUGGUAUAAGCCGGAUGGCCUCAGAGGAUGAGAUUCAAGGCGCGAGGAACUUUCUUAUCCAGCAGUACGCUGGUCACAAGCCUAGUGUUGAUGCGAUCGAAUCAGCUCAUGACAAGAUUAUCAUGCAGAAGUUCCAUGAGAGGAAGAACCCGAAGAUCGACAUAAACAAGAAGGUCCGCCAAGUGAGACAGUCCAAAGUUGUGAGCUUUGUUUUCGACAGAUUCAAAACUCCUCCCAAUGCUUUCCUUGUCAAGACGGCAGUCACGUUUGCAGUUCUCGGCGCUCUUACGGUUCUGUUCCCGACAGAAGAAGGACCCACUCUGCAGGUUUUGUUAUCUUUGAUAGCUACGUUUUACUUCAUCCACCAAAGGCUCAAGAAGAAGCUCUGGUCUUUCCUUUACGGGACUGGUUCUUUCAUCUUCUCGUGGCUGAUUGGGACUUUCUUGAUGGUGUCUGUGAUCCCGCCCUUCAUCAAAGGACCAAGAGGUUUCGAGGUCAUGUCUUCGCUCUUAAGCUACGUUUUGCUUUGGGUGGCUUCGAGCUACCUUAGGUAGCAUUCUAGCUCUUCUCUUUAUCCCUUUUUGGGUCGCAAUAGUAUUAUUAUCUCGGGUAUGUAUGUGAAGAACACACAAAAUGAGAAACUGAAUCAUCUUCAUGUGGUCCUCAUGUGGCAUACAGAAAAAGAUUUUUUUUUGGUU